AUGUCGCUCGUCGGCUCAUACGUCGCGCUGCGAAUCAACCCGAAGGCGAUGGUCGCGGAGUACGGCGACGGCCCGGUCCUCGCGGUGGCUAGCGCACUGGGCACGCGCAGAUACGUCGCGCUGGUGGUGCAGAUCCCCUCGCCGCCGGAACUCUCCCCCGCGCGCUCCCCCAAACGCAAUAUUCAUAUCAUCACGCAGGAAGUCCUCCCCCAGGCGCUCAUCUAUCCCGGGUGGCGCACAUAUCGCCUCGCGUUCCUGGGCCGCCAUGACGCGCCCAAGCACCCCCACGACCUCCUCUCGAGCGCGUGCGUCGCCGCGCUCGCACACGACGACCCCACCGCGGUCGCGCUCGCCCCGUGGCGGGUGCUCAGCGCCGUGCGCCCGUCGCGCGCGCUGCCGUUUCCCGCCGGGCAGCAGUGCUGCCACUGGGUCUCGCUCCAGGACGCCUUUGUCCGCGUGCACGAGCAGUCCCUCGCCCACGUUCAGCCCCUAGCCGAAGACAACGGGGGCCCCGCCGACGGCACCGACCACGCGCGCGCCUGGACCGUCGCGGAGCGAGACGUCCGCAAACUGCUCGCGGCCGCGCGGCGGUGCGAGGCGGACCGCGCGAACGUCCGCGCCGUGCUCCCGCCCCCCGCGGGCCGCAUCCGACGGGCCGCGGCGGUCCCCGUCCUGCAGCACCCUCGCCCGGCGCAGUUGUAUCCCGGACAAGAGUUCGGCGUCCUGCCCCCCGCAGCGCAGGGAACGUCGCUGAACCAGCUCGCGGACCUCGCGCUCGCCCCGCCGCCGCUCACCCCGCCGCCACUCACCCCGCCGCCGCCGCGCACCUUGAGCCCAGCGGACACCGCGGCGUCGGCGUCGGGCUCGGAGCUCUUUGAGCGUGUGCACCCGCGGCUCGACGACGACGCCGCGAGCGUAUACUCGACGGACCGCGAGACCGAUGCCACCCCCGCGUCUUCGUGUCCGACGCCGUCGCCGGUGCCGUUCCCCGCGCAGAAGGCGCAAGUGGAGGAGGAGGACGAGCCGCUCGACCUCUCCAUCCCUGCAGACAUGAAAGCGGAGGACGCGCCGUUCGUCGACGUCAGUUUAGACCUGGGCGCACUGGAGGACGUCGCGAGCCCCGACGAGUUCUUCAUGGAGCGCAAGGUCGUCAUGCAGCUCGUCCAGAAAGCGAAGGACCGCCAGCGCAACGAGCUCACCUCGCCCUCCGUCACGCUCUCCCUCCCCGAGCGCGCGCCGCGCCCGAACAAGCUGAGCAAGCGCGCCCGCCCCUCGCACGCGCGCGCGCCGAGCGCCACCUCCACCCUCGCGUCGAUGUCGGUGUCGAUGUCCGCCGUGUCGAUCCGGAGCGCGCCCACCGAGCUCGGGGUGCUGGGCCCGCGGUUCGCGCUCGCGCCGUCCGGGCACGCGCGGAGCCUCAGCGCGGGGCAGCAGGCGGGCGGCGGGCGGUCGCAGACGACGCUCGCGUACGUGCCGCACAGUGCGCAAGCGCGCUCUGAGUCCAAGGCGGAGGCCCGGGUUCAGGCUCAGGUGCGAAACCCGACCAAAACGCGACGGCCGCCGUGCGGGCUCGUCAAGACGCUGAGGCGGGUGCUGGGCAGGCCGCACGAGCCGCUGUGA